ACUGGAUGUACAUAAGAACAUUAAUAAAAUGAUGAUGUCAGUGAUAUAUAAUGGUAUGUCCCUUGAUGACGGUGACCUUGAGGAAGAGAACAAACAAAAUAACAAUGUAACAGGCAUACCAACAGUAUCACAAACAGUUGAUUGUGGUCAGGGUGGACUCAGUAGACAAAAGUCACGAAAUAGUAGGAAAAGUUCUGACAACUCACGAACAAGCUCUAGAGACCUUCAGUGUGGGAAUAAUAGACAAACUAAUACAGAGUAUAUACAGACUAUAUCGUUAGCUGUAGACAGUUGUAUCAAUAAUAACAUUUUUACUCCUUUUCCACAGAUUGAACCACCAAGACCCCCACCACCUAUUGUUGGUAAAGUAACACAUUACAGUAUAGAACUAUAUUGGGAAGAAGCCUUAGCCAAAGCUUAUGAUGGUACUACUAAAGAUGCUGGCAGAAUUAAAAUUUGUUUACAAGAAGAAGAUAAACACAAUUCUUGGGGAAACAUAUACACAGGUUAUGGUAAGCGACAUACAGUUACAGGACUGGACCAUCAAACAGAAUACCAUUAUAGAAUACGAUUUAUGAAUAACUAUGGAAACAGUGAAUGGAGUGCUCAUGUAAAUGUAUCAACCACAAAGGAGCCACUGACAGGUGAACAUUUACAUAGAGCUAUUAUGAGAAAGGAUGUGGAGGAAAUAGAAAAGAUUUUAGACACAGGAUUUUACCAAGGGAGAGAUGUGAAAAUAGAUGUUCCAGAUAAAUAUGGCUUUACUGGUUUGAUGCAGGCAUCACAGAAAGGUUUUAUUGAAGUUGUAGAAUGUUUGUUAAAUAAUGGUGCUGAUGUCCAUUCUAAAAAUGACGCAGGGAAAACGGCCCUUAUGUUAGCUAGUUAUGCUGGUCAGUUAAAGGUUGUGAAGAUAUUACGUGAAGCAGGGGCUAGAUACGAUGAUUUUGACAGAGGUGGAUCUACUUCAUUACAUUGGGCAGUGGAUGGAGGAAAUACUUAUUUGAUAGAAUGGAUGAUACAGGAUGGAGCUGAAGUUAAUAUACCAGAUCAUAAUUGUGGAUGGACACCAUUGUUAAGAUGUGCAUCCGUAAGUGGUAAGAGAGAUGUAGCCUAUUCACUCCUCAGUAAAGGUGCCGACAUAAAUAAACAAGAUAGAGAUGGGAAAACUGCAUUGAUGAUUGCUAUAAUAAACGGUCAUCUUGAACUUGUUGAACUACUGCUUAAAAGAAAUGCAGAUUUAACAGUCAAAAAUGAGUAUGGGAAAACAGCUUAUCAGAUGGCACAGGCAAUGGAAAAAAGGCGGAUAUUGCGCUCUCUGGAUGAACAUGUUGAAUAUAAAGGACUGAAAGGAAUAAAAAUCUGACUUCUGACCUGAUUUAGCAUUUGACAUUGGGUAAAACUGCAAUAUAAUAUAUAUACUAACAGCAGUGGAGUGCCAAACACAGUCAUCGAACUUUUACUUCUUUGAAUACAGCUUCUUUUUCAGUAAUAGAGGGAGCUAAUUCAAAUUCAAAGAUGAAUGGAUUCAGCAAGUAAAAUAACUCCAUUAUUGACAACUAUUCAGGAUGACUACCACUUGCACAAUAUGAGUAAUUUAUAUGCAAGGAGGAAAUCUUAUAGUUUACCAUUUGAAACAUUAUAGAUGAAUAUAAUAUGGUCCUUUCAUAUUGUUUUCCAAGUUUAGUAUUUUGUAUUUAUUCUGUUAUAUAUAUAUAUAUAAUUUUUCUAUGUUAAAAGUCAUUAGCCAAAAUUUUUAAUACCGGUAUUUUGUAUUGAAAAAUUCUGUUGUUUGUUUUAAGGCAUUUUUUAUUUAAAACAAAAACAAUGCCUUCUGCUUACAAUUAAUUGGCAUUCAUUUCAGUUAAGCAUCCAAAUAAAAAUCAUCUUUUUAAAAGGAAAAAAAACAGAAAUGGCAUUACCUAACCUCCAUUUUCUACUUUAAAAUGAACAUAUGUUUAUGUAAAAAAAGAGAAUUGUAAAAUCUUGUGCAUAAAUUAAAUCGUAUCAAAUGAAUUCUUUUAAAGUAGUAUAUAACUGGUAUGAAUGUGGUACAUACCAUUGCUCUCUUUGGAUAUAGUUUUAAUAUUUUACCUAGUUUAUUCCCAAAUACAAAAGGAAAGGAUCUGUAUAUAUUAAUCCAAUGUGUUGUAGUGUGUAUGCAAUAUAUAUUGAAUAUGCAAUUUAAAAAAGCUAACUGAGAAAUCAAAAGUGUAUGGUUGGAGUUUUAAUUUGAUCACAAGAACACAGUUAACCUUACCACACCCUGCAUAUAUUGGUUUGAUCUUGUCCUUCACCUAGGCCUCCUUGCAAGUUUAAAUGGAAAUAUUAUUUACCCUUGACCUUCUCAAACAUACAGUUCUCACAGAGUCGAGAUUAAAAGAAAAAACUAUGUAAGACCUUUACAACAUUUACAAAAUGAUUUUCUAUCGUUAGAAAGUAUGUGACCCAAUAAGACAUGUAAUAACUAGGACGUUUGGUUGUAUUAUAUAGUACAUGUAACACAUGGAGAUUUAAUUGUUCAGAAAUGUUUUUUUUUAAAUUAAUUUUCUGAAGUGCAGCUACCUGGCAUUAGAGUGUAGCAUCUAGUUGUAAAAGGAAUUUUUGUUAAAUUAAACUGAAAAAAUGAUUUAUGUAAAGAAAAAUAUUAAAUUAAAGGCUGAUUGUCUUUCGUUCUUUCCUUAUGUAGGUAAUUAAAUGAAGAAUACAAAUACUUAAAUAGUUAAGUGUGGACUUCCUGAUCUAUAAAUCUGAACUUGUGAUUGGAGAAAAAUGUUGAUGAAAACAUUGUUACCUCAACCCCUUGCAGACAUAAACAGGUGGGGGUCAUACAUUAAUAUAAACAUUGUAAGUCUAUACAAACAAAAGCAGAAAGGAGAAUACAACUUUUAAAAAUAUAAAUAGUUAUAUAACUAUAUAAUUCUUCUUAUUUUCAUGUGACAGCAUUGUCUUUCUAGAGGAGAAAAGAGAUCUAUUUGUUCACUGAUGAUAGGCUACAUUUCUUAUGUACAUUUACAGUAAAAGGGAAUUUUGUGUUGAUUGCAGAUUCUUGAUUGUGUCUGUUAAAUUUAUUCAAUGUGAAUCAAAUCUUUAUUAGACACAGGGAUGAUUCAGGACUCAACACAUUUUAAAAAUACUUGUCAAUAUUUAAAGAACAUAUUGUUUUCUCAUAUUUUUGGGUUCCUAUUUCAUUGAUGUUAACCUUAUAUCACCUAUUUUUUAUGUGAAAUUGAAAGAUUAAAAUAAAUACAAUUUUAAUAUUUUUUACGUUUUCAAAUUUCCUUGGUAGACCUAAUAUUUGACAUAUAUAAUAUUAAUAUUACUAAGUAGUGAUAUAUUACACCUGUACCACAGUUUAGACAAAUCUUCCUUGCAUUUUAUUAUAUUUUUAGUAAAUGUGUUAAAAUAGUGAAUUUGUGUCAAAGUUGUUGUGUGUUAGUUAUUUCAAACUAUGUAUUGCUGGUAUUAAUUACUAUUGCACUGUUAUUAAAUUAAUCGUCUUUAAUACAUUUUGAAUGAUCAUUAAUUUCUAUUUGGAUAGAAGUGAGUGAGCUUAAAUAUAAUUAUCAUAAAAUGUGAAACAUUGUGUUAUUUUAGAAAUGGUGUUGAAUCAGAUUUAACAGUUAGUGUUUCCUUUAUACCAUCAUUCGUUCCUGAAAAAGUACCUUUCAUGUCGAACCACUUUAGAAAGUACCAGAAAACUAUCAUUUCACCUUCUCAGUGAAUACAUUAAAUGUUCACACUAAGGGGUCAUUUUUAUGAAUGUUAAAAUGCAUAAUUAUCAAAUAUUUAAGUCAGUCUGAAUAAUUUCUUAGCAUGAUUGCGAUGAAUGGCUGCAAAGCUUGUACUUUAAUUUUUUUCAAUAAAACUUUGUAUGUACAGUUGCAUACAAAUGUGGAAUGACUUAAUUUUUUUCAGAAUUUCAGAUUUUAUAUAUUAAAAAAAAAACAUAGGUUUUUAUGCACAUAUUGAUAUACCCUGUAUGCUAUUAAGACAGUUAUUGUGGUAUUACAUGUAAUUUUAAAGCUGUAGAAAAAAAAAAUAAUUCAUUAACAUUGAAUAGUUUAUCAAAAUGCUUCUACAUUUUGCAAUAUCUUUGAGGUUUUAUAAUGUAUUAUCUGCAAUAUAUUUUAUACUCAGUUUAGAUAAUUAGACUACUCAGAAAUGUACCCAAUAUAUGCAAUAUUGGUUUGUGUGGGUGAUGCUGCUUCUGUAGAUUCUGCUCAUGAUUUGUUUGAUACAACUGCAUGCUUAAGUGACCAAUUACCACUCCAUUUUAUUUAUGACUACAUGUGUUUGCUACAAACUAGGAAUAUUGUAUUCUAUAAACAUAAUGUUACAGAGAAAUUAGUAUACAAAUAUAAAAACGUUUACGGCACUUUAUACACAUGAUGUCAUGAUCAUCUAAUGGAUAUCUAGUUUAUUCUUUUACCACAGAUAUAAAAGAUAUUUGUUCAUACAUGUAAGCAUGUAACUAUAUAAAAGAUCAAUCUAUGAGUAAACUACAAUUCUUUUGUGAACUAUCAUCUUUUUUGAGGCUACCUAUUUAAACCUAUGUAUGUCUAGGCAAUUUGACACACAUUCUCUCCAUGAAUUUAUAAUCCAUCCCUCCAUAUUAUGUAUGUUAGUUAAAUUGUUGAUCUCAUUAUUGUACAACAUAGAGAUAUUCAAACUGCUAAUAGAUUUGUAUUUUUCUACAUUCCAUUUUUGUCUAUGCCGUCCUUGAUAGAAUUGUUCCGUCCUUGAACAGAAUAUUUACAUUUCAUUCAUAUUUACGUAAUUUUUAAUGAUUAAUAAUUCUUGAUAGAUAUUUUUUGUUCAUGUAUAUGUUAUUAUUACAAUCUGUCAUUAAUAAAAUCAAACAUUCAUGUUA